CUUGACUUCAGAGAAAGAGAAACUGAAGAGCUGUUGUGUGUUUGUGUCUCUGUAUUCAUGCAGUAAAAUGGCAGAAGCCAGAAUUUCUCAGGAUGAGUUCCUGUGUCCAGUGUGUCUGGAUCUCCUGAAGGAUCCAGUGGCCAUUCCCUGUGGACACAGUUACUGUAAGAUCUGUAUUACAGGCUUCUGGGAUCAGGAGGAUCAGAUGAGAGUCUACAGCUGCCCUCAGUGCAGACAGACCUUCAGUCCAAGACCUGCUUUAUCUAAAAACACCAUGCUGGCUGAAGUGGUGGAGAAACUGAAGAAGAUUAAACUUCCUGCUGACUGUUACGCUGGAGCUGGAGAUGUGCAGUGUGACGUCUGUACUGGAAGAAAACACAAAGCCGUCAAAUCCUGUCUGGUGUGUCUGGAGUCUUACUGUCAAACUCAUUUUGACCGCCAUGAGGAAUUUCACUCACGUAAGCCACAUAAAGUGACUGAAGCCACCGGACGACUGCAGGAGAUGAUCUGCCAGAAACACGACAAGAUCCUUGAGGUUUUCUGCCGCACUGAUCAGGAGUGUAUAUGUGUGCUGUGUAUGGAUGAACAUAAAAACCACGACACUGUAUCAGCUGCAGCUCAGAGGACAGAGAAACAGCACCAGCUGAAGGAGACGCAGAGGUCGUUCCAGCAGAGGAUCCAGCAGAGAGAGAAAGAUCUUCAGCAGCUGAGAGAGGCUGUGGAGUCUCAUAAGCGCUCUGCACAGACAGCAGUGGAGGACAGUGAGAGGAUCUUCACUGAGCUCAUCCACUCCAUUGAGAGAAGCCGCUCUGAGGCCACACAGCGGAUCAGAGAUCAGGAAAAGACUGCAACGAGUCGAGCUGAAGGACGACUGGAGCGACUGGAGCAGGAGAUCAAUGAUCUGAGGAGGAGAGACGCUGAGCUGGAGCAGCUUUCACACACACAGGAUCAUAUCCAAUUCCUGCAGAGUUUCCAGUCUCUCUCAGCUCCUCCUAAAUCUACAGACGUAAAUGACGAUCUCUUCAGUUCUCUCUCCUCUUUUGAUGGCGUGAAAGAAUCUGUCCGUCGACUGAAAGACAAACUGGAGGAUUUCUGCAAAGAGGAGCUGAAGACGAUCUCUGACAGAGUCACCAACAUUGUUUCCAGGACCAGGAACAACUUCCUACAAUAUUCCCAUCACUUCACUCUGGAUCUGAACACAGCACAUGAACGCCUCCGUGUGUCUGAGAUAAACAGAGUGAUUGCACGCACUCGCAAUGCCCAGCUGUAUCCUGAUCAUCCAGACAGAUUUGAUCAUUAUCAGCAGGUGUUGUGUAGAGAGAGUGUGUGUGGACGCUGUUACUGGGAGAUUGAGUGGAGUGGGAAUGAUGUGUCUAUAUCAGUGUCAUAUAAGAGCAUCAGCAGGAAGGGACGGGGUGAAGAGUGUGAGUUUGGAUAUAAUAAUCAGUCCUGGAGUUUGAACUGCUCUUCCUCCAGUUACUCAUUCAGACACAAUAACAUUUGGACUAAACUCCCUGUAAAGCCCAUCAGCAGUAGAGUAGGAGUGUUUGUGGAUCACAGUGCAGGAACUCUGUCCUUCUACAGCGUCUCUGGAGACACAAUGAAACUCAUCCACACAGUCCAGACCACAUUCACUCAACCGCUCUAUCCUGGGUUUUGGGUUAAUCAAGAAUCAUCAGUGAAACUGUGUUGAUGAAUCAGAAUAGACUGUAGACAGAUUCUACCCAUAAUGCUUUGAGCUCAUGAUGAAUCAGUAACAGUAGCCGCGUUUCCAUUACCCUUCAAAUUGCGCAAAUUGUAAUUGCGAAUUGAAAUUACGCUUAAUGGAAACGCAUGAAAUUCGCAAAAACUGUCAAAUAUCACAAAAACGUUUUUACGCUCGCAUGAGGUGGUUUUUCAGGCAAUUCAAAAAAGGAAAUGCAAUGAAAACAGUUUUUUUUGCAUUUACAGGUCACCUGACAUACAGUCAUAUUAUUCUUUAAAGAUGCGGUAUGUUUGUACAGAAGAUGAGACAGGAUGUGCUGUUCUUUUCUUAUUUAUGCAUCUCUUUCCCCGCGCCUCAGCUUCAUCCCAUAGAUGCAACGGGGGGAUGCCGAAAAAAAAAAAAGAAAAGAAAAUGAGGACGGGGUAAUUGAAUGAAAUCUUAUUUGUAUAUUGGAAUAUUCUUGAUCCCUCGAGCGUCAGUUUAAAGCAUCAUCAGCUGCACUCGAGCCUCGAGGGAUCUUAUGUUAUUUAAGUUUGACAUCUAAUACUAAUAGUAGGCUAGCCUAUUAGUCUAUUAACAAUUAAUAAUUAACAUACUAGAAACUAAUAGUAUUAGAUGUCUAUGCACCUGUGCAUCCUCCUCACUCCUUCCUCAUGCCUCGUUCCUCACCUCCUCGCGGAGCAUUUAUAGAAUUUAAAAAAAAAAAAAAAGUUUUCCAGGUCAUAGGCUGGAGGAUGGAGCAGCGAAGAAAUAAGGAAGCAUCCAUUGGAGUAUUGAGAAGCACCCAGGGAAGCAUAUAUGAGGGAGAAGGGCUUCAAGAAGCCGUGGCAAAUAUUACACUCCAAAUAAAGCUUUCAGAAAGAAGUAUCAGAAAAUGACUUAUCGCGAGAGUUAACUUUGGUUAAUGGAAACACCGUCAUAUCACAAUGGUUUUUUAUCGACAUUUAGGAAAUAUCGCAAAAGUUUUGCGCAAAUCUGUAAUGGAAACGGGGCUAGUAAGAUGAGUCUCGUUUUAUCUUCAUUACAUUAAUACUCCAGCUGAACUUCUGUCGGGUUGAAAUGUUUUCCACAUCCUAGAACAGGUAAAAUUAUAUGUAUAAAAAGUGUCAUCACGUGUAAUUCAUGUAACGUUAUUUAUGCUAUACGUUGUCCAUGUGGAAUGUUGUAUGUUGGUGAAACAUCAAGAGAAUUGAGAACCCGUAUCUGUGAACAUCGCAGUGCCAUCAGACGUGAGGAUGACAGUAACCCUGUAGCUCAACAUUUUAAAGAGCAUUCUCAUUCUGUUUGUGAGUUUUUUUACUUUGGCUUUGAACAAAUCCAUCCAGCAGGUCGAGGGGGAGAUAUUGAUGUGAAGCGCAAAUCUAGAGAAAAUCCUAAAAUGGGUGCAAUUCAUUCCCUUUAAAAUGGAAGUACAGGAAUGUAUAAUAAAGACACUGAGGAACAACAUUAGUAACCCUA